AUGGUGCUUUUCCGACUCUGCACCAAGAACCGUCGCUCCAAGGCGCCGGCAAAACCGCCUCGCCGGUCACAGGAGUCGCGCUGGCGACCCGUGGGGCUCCUCCGCUGGGAAUCUCCUGCGCCGAAAUCUGAGCAACCCACUGCACCGACUAAAUCAGCAGCGUUAAGAUUGAGGGUGCUUUUCCGACUCUGCACCGAGAACCGACGCUUCAAGGCGCCGGCAAAACCGCCUCGCCGGUCACAAGAGUCGCGCUGGCGACCCGUGGGGCUCCUCCGCUGGGAAUCUCCUGGUGCGGGGCGGCGCUUUCCCGAGCGUCCUCGUCCUCGUGCACUGUGGAAGGAGGCUGUGGAGAGCACAGCCGCAGCCUUGGUGGCUGCCGCUGAGAUGCUGAAAGACCUAAAUCACGUCGAAGCGGGACUGUUGAUGACCGUUGGGGACAACGAACGUAAUGUUAUUUGGCGAGGAUGGAGGCGUAUGGGUCGCGGUGGUCGGUCACUGAAAACCAGAGAGAGCAGUCAUUGUGGUUUAGAUGCUGAAGGACCUAAAUCAUAUCGAAGUGGGGCUGUUGAUGACGAUUGGGGAUGGGAUGCUGAAGGUGCUAGCUUUCUCAGAGAGCGGGAAAAAUGCCCGGUAGUGGUAGCUUUCUCAGAGAGCGGGGGAAAAAGGCCCGGGAGUGGUAGCUUUCUCAGACAGCGGGGAAGAAAGGCCCGGGAGUGGGAGCUUUCUCAGACAGCCGGAAAAAGGCCCGGGAGUGGGAGCUUUCUCAGAGAGCGGGAAAAAGGCCCGGGAGUGAUUGGAUGCUUUGAAUUGCCGCUGGUAGCGAAAGUGGAUUUUGAACCAAUGAGAAGGAAGCAGCGAGAACCAGCCAGACCAAUCACAGGGUACCACUCAGCCCCACUUCCUCUGUUGCCAGGCAGACUUACAAUUUCAGAAGUUACUGAAAACCUGGUUACAAAUGAUAAUUCACCUAACAUACCAGAGGCAAUUGAUAGACUCUUCAACGACAUAGCAAAUAUCAACAGGGAGUCUAUGGCUGAAAUGUCAGACACUCAGAUUGAAGAAAUAGCAGUAAACCUAUGGAACUGGGCACUUACCAAGAGAGGAGAUUUUCAUAUAAACGAAGAGCAGAAAACUAAAAUACAUUAUGUUGCCUGCAAGUUGCUGAGUAUGUGUGCAGCCUCAUUUGCCUCAGAACAAGGUAUUCAACGACUGAUUAUGAUGAAUACGAAAAUAGGAAGUGGGUGGUUGGAUGCUGGAAAUUUUCGAAUUGCUGAUGAGUGUUUUCAAGCUGCUGAGGUGAAUCUGGAGCAAUUAUACACGAAAUUAAUUGAGAGGAGCUCUCCUGAGACUGACUUGACCCUGGAGAAGAUGGCUGUUGAGAAAGACCACUUCAAAGUGCUUUCUUACCAAGCAGAGUCAGCAGUUUUUCAAGGGGAUUUUCAAAAAGCAUCUAUGUGUGUACUGCAAUGUAAAGAUAUGUUGGUGAGGCUCCCUGAAAUGAUUUCGUAUCUUCAUGAACUCUGUUACAAGUUUGGAUCAGAAACUCAGAAGAAUAAUAGAUAUGAAGAAAGUUCUUUCUGGCUUAGCCAAAGCUAUGAUAUUGGGAAGAUGGAUAAGGUUUCUACUGAUACAGAAAUGCUGGCUCAAGUUCUACGGUUAUUAGCCAUCAAUUAUUUGGAUUGGGAUGGCACCAAAUAUUAUGAUAAGGCUCUCAAUGCUAUAAACCUAGCAAACAAGGAACAUUUAAAUCCUGCCGGGCUUUUCUUAAAAAUGAAAAUCCUCUUGAGAGGCGAAACAGCUAAUGAAGAACUCCUUGAAGCUGUCAUGGAAAUACUACAUCUUGACAUGUCCUUAGACUUCUGUCUGAACAUUGCUAAACUGCUGAUGGAUCACGAAAGAGAAUCUGUUGGGUUUCAUUUCCUGGAUGUCAUUCGUGAACGUUGUAACUCAUCAGAAAAUACUGGAAAAGCUCACCUAUUCUAUAUUGACAUGCUUUUACAAAGGAAGGAAGAACAGCUUGCCAAGGAGAAGAUUGAAGAAAUAAUUUUAGCUCACCAUACAGGAAGACAACUGACAGCAGGAUUAAUGAUCUGGUUACACAACAUUCUGUGGAGAAAAGCUGCCAGUAGUUUUGAGGUCCAAAAUUAUACUGAUGCCCUACACUGGUACUAUUAUUCUCUGAGGUUUUAUUCACCUAGUGAAAUGGAUGUGGACUUCGCCAAGCUGCAGAGGAACAUGGCUUGCUGUUACCUGAAUUUGCAACAAUUUGAUAAGGCCAAAGAGGCAGUGGCAGAAGCUGAACGACAUGAUCCUAGAAAUGUUUUCACUCAGUUUUAUGUAUUCAAGAUUGCAGUCAUAGAGGGCGACUCUCAAAGAGCUUUGCAGGCAAUAAUUACUUUAGAGGAUAUAUUAGCAGAUGAAGAAUCAGAAGAUAAUGAUGUAACUGCAGAGAGAGGUUCAUCUAUCAUGCUUCUAAGUUUAGCUGCCCAGUUUGCUCUAGAGAAUGGACAACAAAUUGUGGCAGAAAAAGCUUUGGAAUAUUUGGCUCAACGUUCAGAAGACCAAGAAAAAGUUCUUACAGCUACAAAAUGUUUGAUUCAUCUUGUUUUUCCAAAAAUUGCUGAAAUGCCGGAAUCUGAAGAUAAAAUGAAAGAAAUGGAUCGACUUUUGACUUGCCUGAAUAGAGCCUUUGUGAAACUUUCUCAGCCUUAUGGUGAAGAAGCCUUCAGUUUGGAGUCAAGAGCUAAUGAAGCUCAGUGGUUUCGAAAAAUGGCUUGGAACUUGGCUGUGCAAUCUGACAAAGAUCCAGUGGUAAUGAGAGAAUUUUUCAUACUUUCUUAUAAGAUGUCCCAGUUUUGUCCUCCUGAUAAAGUAAUUCUGAUUGCACGGAAAACAUGUUUACUUAUGGCAGUUGCAGUCGAUCUAGAGCAAGGGAGAAAAGCUUCAACAACUUUUCAACAGACCAUGUUCCUGAGCCGUGCACUUGAGGAGAUCCAUAAAUGCCAUGAGAUCUGGAAUUUGCUGAAACAAGCAGGGGACUUCUCAAAUGAUUCAUGUGAGAAAUUGCUUCUGCUGUAUGAGUUUGAAGUUAGAGCCAAAUUGAAUGAUCCAUCACUGGAAAGCUUCCUGGAACCAGUGUGGGAGCUGCCUCAUUUAGAAUGUAAAACAUUUGAAACAAUUGCAAUAAUAGCAAUGGAAACGCCUGCACACUACCCUUCCAUUGCUCUCAAGGCCUUGAAAAAGGUUUUAUUGCUCUACAAAAAGGAAGAAUCAAUUGAUAUUUCACAAUACAGCAAAUGCAUGCACAGCUUGAUUAACCUCGCAGUGCCAGAUGGGGCGUCGAGUGUAGAGCUCUGUCCCCUGGAAGAAGUUUGGAGCUUUUUUGAAGAUGCUCUGAGCCACAUUAGCCGCACCAACGACUACCCAGAAAUGGAGAUUGUCUGGCUGAUGAUCAAGUCCUGGAAUAUUGGAGUACUUAUGUUUAGCAAGAGCAAGUAUGUAUCUGCUGAAAAGUGGUGUGGUCUUGCCUUGCGUUUUCUUGCCCACCUUACCUCCUUCAAGGGAAGCUAUGAAACUCAGAUGAAUAUGCUAUAUAGUCAGCUUGUGGAGGCACUGAAUAGCAACAGGGGCGCAGUGUUUCAUGAACAUGGCUACUGGAGCAAGACAGAUUAG